AUGGCAAAAGACAUCAAAGAUCUGACUAAGGAGUGGUUGGAGCUCGACCAGGACAAAACCACGAGAGAUGAGAUCUACCAACUACUACACCAUGGCAAUACAACCGAAUUGGAAUUGCGACUAAGAAACCGGAUUGCUUUCGGUACUGCUGGUCUGCGAGGCCCUAUGCAAGCUGGCUUCGCCUGCAUGAACUCCCUCACAGUCAUUCAAGCAUCUCAGGGAUUGGCAGCAUAUCUUCUAAAGACCGAAGAAAACGUCAAGAAGCGAGGUGUGGUCAUCGGCCGCGAUGCACGACACAACUCAGAAAAGUUUGCCAAGCUCACAGCAGCCGCAUUCGUGGCUAAGGGCAUCAAAGUUUGGUGGUAUGAGACACCAUCGCACACCCCACUCGUACCUUUUGGCGUGCGAGAGCUGGGCGCUGCUGCUGGUGUGAUGGUUACAGCAAGCCACAACCCUGCAAAAGACAACGGCUACAAAGUAUACUGGUCGAACGGUUGCCAGAUCAUCCCACCGCAUGACACCGGAAUUGCUCAAGCUAUCUUGGAGAACCUUAAACCUGUCACCUGGGAUACAUCCAUCAUAGAUGAGGCAUGCCUCAUGGUGGAGGGCUCCCUCGACUUGGUAAGGGACAAGUAUCACAAAGCCGUUCUGUGCGCGUCGCAGCCAGAACAUACCAUCUCACUGAGUCCGGAUCUCAAGUUCGUCUAUACACCCAUGCACGGUGUUGGUCUGCCAGCCAUGAAGCGCUGCGUUGAGACCUUGGGAGUCGCCUCGCAAAUGACUGUCGUAGAAGCACAGGCACAACCAGACCCGGACUUCCCUACUGUCAAGUUCCCUAACCCAGAGGAGAAGGGAGCACUAGACCUGGCUAUUCAGACGGCCGAUGCAGCAUCAUCGAACUUGAUUCUUGCCAGUGACCCAGAUGCUGACCGACUUGCCGCGGCGGAGAAGGUUGGCGAUAGGUGGCACAUCUUCACUGGAAACCAACUCGGACUGUUGCUUGGCGCCUACAUCUUCGAACGUUACCCUUCCUCGAGACCUCGAGAGAAGCUUGCCAUGUUGGCCUCUACAGUCAGCUCUAGGUCACUUGCCGCACUAGCAAAGAAGGAAGGCUUCCACUUCACCGAGACCUUGACUGGAUUCAAAUGGCUUGGAAAUGUAGCACGGGAUCUCGAAAAGCAAGACUACAAGGUCGCAUACGCGUUCGAGGAAGCUCUCGGCUAUAUGAUUCCGCAGACAGUGCAUGACAAGGACUCCAUCAGCGCCGCAGCUGUCUUCUUGACUGCAGCAUCUCAGUGGUCUGAGAAGGGCCUGACACCAUACGCCAAGCUGCAACAACUCUAUGAAUAUCUUGGCUACUUCGAAGAUGCCAACACAUACCUUGUUUCUCCAUCGCCAGUAGUCACAACAGCAGUGUUCACAGCCAUUCGUGCACUGGGAAGCCCCCACCCCACCACGAUCGGACCCCGCAGGAUCGUGCGCUGGAGGGAUCUCACGCUAGGCUAUGACUCAAAGAGCAGUGACCACACACCAGAUCUACCCGUGGACCCGACUGCACAGAUGAUCACCUGCGAGCUGAAUGAUGGCGCGGUGUUUACAGUUAGGGGCAGCGGAACCGAGCCAAAGAUCAAGCUCUACAUUGAGUGCCAAGGCAAGACCAGUGAAGAGGCGAAGAAGGGUGCGAAUGGUAUCCUGGAGGAUCUGUUGAGGGAAUGGUUCAAGCCUGAAGAGAAUGGGCUGAGGCUCGCAUAG